UCCUGUUCGCUCGCUAGGCACGCACGCACGCCUGCCACCGCUCCCGACUCGCCCAGUCCUCGCUCCCGCCGCCGCGAUUCACCGAACUCGCUAGCACCGUCCGCGCCGCCCGCCAGCGCCGCACCCCCGUCGACGCCGCCCGUCCGCCAGCGCCGCAUCUCCAUCGACGCCACCCGUCCGCGUUCUCCAAUCGUCGGCGGCAUCGCCGUCCCCAUCCUCCGUCCGCGCCGCCCACCAGCGCCGCACCUCCGUCCACGCCGUCCGCCCGCGCCGCACCACCGUCCACGCCGGCCGCCCACGCCGCUCCUCCGUCCACGCCGGCCGUCCGCGUCCUCCAAUCGUCGGCAGCACCGCCGUCCGCGCCUCCCGUGCCUUCGACUUCCUCUAUUGCAGGUAGUAUAUGAGCACUUGCUGCGCCCCCUCCUCACUGCGCCGCGGCGGCCGUUGCCCCAACGCUCCUCCGCCCCUGCAUCCUACGGCCGCGAAGCCUCCAGCCCUCUCCUUCCCCACCCCCUGCAGCCCCGUGUCCAAGAGCAGGCCCCUACUGACGUAAUUUCGUGUUCUUCACUAAUGCCACCUCAGCAACGUGUUCUUCUCCGGUUCACGCUUGCCAUCGACUGUAAGUAUGGAUCUCGCUCCUUUCAAGCUGGAUAUUGACGAGCUACUAGAUGAUUAUGCCAAGGAAAAUUGCAUGUCAUUCACCGAUUUCAAGAGAGUGUGGAUGGCCAAGAAGUUUUCUUAUAUCUAUGAAGGCCGACCCAAGACAAACUCAGGCGUUUUUAUGCAAUCCCUCUUUUUGCAUUGUAUUGGCCAUAUGACUUCCCAAAGUUCUCUACUUCAGAGGUUGCCUGGUCUUUACUGCCUUUACUGCCUUUAUGAGUGCCAACCAUACAAGCCACACUACAAAAUUUAUCUGUCUCUUGAGGAGUCCAAGAAACUCAAAGACUUUGUCAUUGAGGCUAAGCAGAAUGGGCUUGCCCUUGUACCAGCACUUGUCAAAAGGAUGCUAGACAAGGGCAUGUUUCUGUUUGGGUUCAUAAAUUUGCUUGGUGACAAUGAGGCAAAGGAGGUUGAUGAAAUGAAUGCAUCCCAGAAUAAACGGGUGAAAUUUGCCUGUGACAAGUUGUUUGCAAAUACUCAAAUAGGGAGUUAUACGCACACAGACUUGGGAGUGGAGUUUGAACUUGACAGCAUCAAGAAAUUGUCAAUGGACUAUGCUAAAGCCAAAGAAUCAGCCUUUGCAGAGGCAAGCCAAACUGUUGAUGUGGAAGACGCCAAGCACAUCCUUCAGAAUGACAAACUGCUGGGUGACAAGGUAGAGGAAAUCGUCAAAGAGUGGGAUGCCCAGAAGGAAGAUUUCUACCAGAAAACAGGUGUAUCUCCCCAUGAUGAACUGGCGGUGGUUGACAACGACGAAUCUGGAGAAUUCCAUGAUGAACUAGAACAGCUGCUGCUGGAAUGAGGGGAGCAUCCAGUAGCCUGUGAAUGACUGAAGAACUACUACCCUGCUCAUGCCAUUUUGUCAUGGCAUGGAAUCGACAUUGGGCUGACUCUGCAUGCCCAAAAUAUUCUUGAAAACAUUUUUUGUCGCAACAUGUCUGAAGCAAAAAAAUUGUAUGUAGUUCUAUUUUGGUCGGAUGAAUGUUGCCUGAUGUACAUAUUUCCAUGGAACAAAUUGGGUUUCCUAAUUCAGGAAAUGUAGCAUUUUUGCAUGCUUC